AAGAGAACAUAUACUAUUCUUUAGUCAAAAUUUAAUAUUAUGAGAAACAAUAAUAAUAAAUAAUGAUGAAUUGAAUUUGAAAUGGACUUUAAAUUCAAUUUCUUGACAAAUAAUUGACCAUUUUGGCAAACAGGGCGUCUUUCUUUUGUUUUGGACAUUGGACUUGUGUUGUGUUGGCUGGUGAGAAAUUAGCCAAAACUCAUAAGAACUUGUCGUACGUGGAGUUGGUUUAUAAAUAUUACACAACUCCAUCUGUUUGUAAAAAAUACUAAAGGAAAAGAAGCCUAUUUGAUUUAUCUGUUUUUUAGUAAUCCCCUAACUCUAAGCCGUAUCCAGAGUUGUCCAUUCAGAGAGUAAGAAAUGCAAAUGAUUAAGGAGGAUGUGGUUAUUGUGGGAGCAGGAAUAGCUGGUUUAGCUACUGCAGUGGCACUCAAGAGAGUUGGGGUUAAGGCCCUGGUUUUGGAGAGAUCCGAUGGGCUUAGAGCCACAGGUGCAGCUUUGACCCUCUUCCCAAACGCUUGGGUUGCGCUUGAUGCCCUUGGCGUUUCUCAAAAGUUUACCUCCCUUUACGCCCCUUUUCAAAGAAUGUAUAUAACCAAUAUCAAUACUGGAGAUAUUCAAGAAGUCUAUUUUCAGGGAGCUAAUAGUGAUGGAAAUGAACCUAGAGCAGUACACAGGAAAGCUUUGCUCGAAGCUCUUGCGGAUGAACUUCCAAUUGAGUUUAUUCGCUUUUCAAGCAAGAUCACUGCCAUAGAAACCCAAGAACAAGGAGAUUCAUCUAUUGUUGUUGUUCACAUGGAAGAUGAAACUUUCAUCAAAGCAAAGGUUCUAAUUGGAUGUGAUGGGGUGCACUCAAUAGUGGCAAGUUGGUUGGGACUCGCUGGACUAGUUCAUUCUGGUCGGUCAGCGGUUCGUGGAAUGGCUGUGUUUUCUAAAGGCCAUGGAUUGAAGCAAGAAGUCCAACAGUUUGUUGGUGCAGGGAAAAGGGCUGGUUUUAUUCCCAUCACUAAUACUGAUAUUUAUUGGUUUAUAACUUCUGCGUCUCCAAAUAAUGAGGCAUACUUGGGAGGAGACCCUGAAGCAAUUCUCAGAGAAGUACUUGAAAAAUAUGCCAACGACUUGCCAGAACUAUUCCAAGACAUUAUCAAGCAAUCUGAUCUUUCAACAUUGACAUGGGCACCGUUAAUGUUUAGGAAACCAUGGAAGCUAGCAUUUGGAAACUUAUGCAAGAAAAACAUCACGGUGGCCGGGGACGCCAUGCACCCUAUGACACCGGACUUAGGACAGGGUGGUUGCUCAGCACUUGAAGAUGCUGUGGUGUUGGGCAGACACAUUGGGGCCUGCAUUGCAGAAAAUGGAGGACUUCUCCCAAGAGAGAUGAUUAAAGCAUUAUCUAAUUAUGCAGAGGAAAGAAGGUGGCGAGCCACUUGGUUGAUCAUAAGCUCCUUCUUAUCAGGGUGGGUUCAGCAUGGUGGCUCUAUGUGGGGGCUGAAGUUCUUCAGGGACACCAUAUUUUACAAAUUUGUUUUCCCCAAGAUUGCAAGUGUUAUGUGUUAUGAUUGUGGGAAACUUUCCUAGAAUCUUCAUUCCUAUCAAGUAUAAGUUUUCUAAUUGAAGAUAAAAAUUCACAUAUUUCUUAAUUGAACAAGAGCAAUAUUUGUCUUACUUAAGGAA